CCAGCCUACUGCUUUUGCUCAUUUUGUGAUGAAUUACGAGACUUGACAUCUUUUCAACCAUCUUCGUGUAGGAAUUGUAUAAUGGUCAUCCCCCGAAUAUGGCAAGCAUCAACGACCGUGGACCGCAGGUAUACGCUGUUGCGGUAGCAUUUUUCGCGCUUGCGGCUGUAUCUCUGUUGUUGCGAUGUUAUGUGCGCUUGAGGAUGACGAAAGCUUUUGGGUUAGAUGAUUGGUUCAUGGUCGCGGCUAUGAUAUCUUUCACUUUUAAUACAGCAACUUGCUUGGUUGGUGUGAAUCAUGGCACGGGUCGACACCAUUGGGAUAUAUCAAAUACGAAAGAUCUGUCAGCAGCUUUGAUGUAUUGGUGGUACUGCUACUUGAGCUACGCAAUCAGUAUGAUACUGUCCAAAACAUCAAUUGCUUGCUUCCUCGUGCGUAUUACGCCCCACCGAAUACAUCGAUGGAUCAUUUAUAUCGCGCUGGGGUUAUCAAUAUUCUGCGGCUUGGCAUUCUUUUGCAUUGCACUUUUUCAAUGUUUGCCUAUCGAAUAUUUCUGGACCAGAACCGGCUCUGGGUAUUGCAUGGCGGUUGAUGUCAUUAUCAACAUUGUAUACGCAUACAGUGCUAUGUCCAUAAUUACUGAUUCUACAUUCACGAUCCUCCCCGUCUGGCUAGUCUGGCAUUUACAAAUGGAUAAGAAAACGAAGCUAGCUCUUAUCCCUAUUCUAAGCAUGGCGUGCAGUAAGCAAAUUUCCGGAUUGUUUUUUUUUAACACUCUCUUCAGCAUUUUCAUUGAUCGUAUACUCCCUAUUGGAGGUAAUGACUUCUUUAUGAAUGUUUCUCAAUACUUCUAAAGACUCACCAACCCAUUCGGUGUUGAAUAAUUAAUUUCUACUAAUUCCAAAUGCUUUAGUGUAAGUUAAUCCAGGAUGGAAUUUUGACUGUUCGACCUAAUACUACAUCAGAGCAAGUUGUGCGGUCACAGUGCGAUUGGCUUACAUAAAAGAGUUUCGAACCAACGACUUU